CCUUUAAGUACCUACAUGGGGAACAAAUACUUAACAAUUGUGCUUCUUUUUUUCUCCUGUGCCCCCCGCCGAGUUUUGUACAGGUGGCAGCUCCCAGGCGGAGCGCUGACUGCAGGAGAGGUGCCGCUGCCAGCUGGUGCCCCUGGGGCAGGGAGUCACAUUUUGUUUAUAAACAGAGGCAGGGUGCUGUUCCGGAAGCUUUACGGCCCCAUGUGGAAAUCCACCUUUGGGAAGUACAAGAACGUGAACAUCGGGAGCCCGGAGAUCCUGGAGCAGCUGCUGAGGCAGGAGGGGAAAUACCCCAUGAGGAGCGACAUGGCCCUGUGGAAGGAGCAUCGGGAUAUCCGGCAGCUGCCCUACGGCCCGUUCACCGAGGAAGGGGAACGCUGGUACCGUCUGCGCCAGGUUCUCAACCAGCGGAUGCUGAAGCCGUCGGAGGCCAUGCAGUACGCGGGGGCCAUCAACGAGGUGGUGUCGGACCUGAUGGUCCGGCUGCAGGCAGAGAGGGCGGGGAGCCCCUCGGGGGUCCUGGUGGGGGACGUGGCCAACCUGCUCUACAGAUUCGCCCUGGAAGGCAUCUCCUACAUCCUCUUCGAGACCCGCAUCGGGUGCCUGGAGCGGGAGAUCCCCGCGGAGACGCGGCGCUUCAUCGACGCCAUCGGCCUCAUGCUGAAGAACUCCAUCUUCGCCACCGUCAUGCCCCAGUGGAGCCGGGAGCUGCUGCCCUUCUGGAACCGCUACCUGGCGAGCUGGGACACCAUCUUCGCCUUCGGUCUGUGACCAGGGCGGGGAGCUGGGCCAGGCGCCACCCUGGCAUCGCUGGGACGGUACCCAGGGCUGGGAGCCGCGUCCCCACCCCUGGCCCUUCGGGGGGAGCAGUUUUGCCUGCUGCAGCUCAGCUCCCUGAAACCAAGUCCUGGCUUCCAGAUCUCCCAGCCCUGCCCUCUGUGCGCAGGUAUCACGGAGUCCCCCGGCGAUGCUCUGGGACUGCUCCCCACAAAGCCAGUCAGGACUCUGGGGAGCCUCCUCUCCCUCGGAGCAGACUGUCUUCAGGGCAAGAAGC